AUGGUCUUCACCCAGCAGGACAUCGUCAACCUGCGGGCGUCGCUCCAGGAUGCCGUUGUCAAGUGCUCAGAGAGAUGCCUGUAUCAAUCGGCAAAGUGGGCUGCUGAGUUGCUUGACGUGCUCCCAGAAGCAACCUCUGAGGACGAUGGGGUGAAGCUGAACAGCACCCCUCGAGGCUACGUGCCUGCGAUAUUGACUCCGAACCCUGAUGAGAAGGAGGCCCGGCUUGAGGCUCGCGAGUUCAACAAGUAUCUACUCGCCAAGUCAUUCUUCGAUUGUCGGGAAUUCGAUCGAUGCACGGCGGUUUUCCUGCCCGAUUCCCUUUUAUCCAGCGUCCUGUCUCCCAAGGGCGACGACUCACCACUAAGUUCUCAACUGAAAACCACCAAAGGCAAAGAGUCCUUGGUCCCAACUCACACUAUAUUCCAACUGAGACCCAGUAUUCUCCCUGAGCUGAGCCAGAAGAGCUUGUUCCUGGCCCUCUACGCGAAGAUGCUCUCGGGAGAGAAGAGGAAGGAUGAGGACUCGGAGAUGGUUAUGGGCCCUCAGGACCUCGGCACAGUAGGCAACAAGCAGCUGCCCAUCGUGAGCCGUUAUCUCAAGACCUGGUUCGAGGAGCGGAGCGACGACCAGUCUGCCGAGGGUAGCCAAGGCUGGCUGGAAUAUCUGUAUGGCAUGGUCUUGGCCAAGGAGAAGAACACGGACGAAGCGAUGGCGUGGUUCUUGAAGAGCGUUCAUCUGUUCCCCAUGAACUGGGGCUGUUGGCUCGAGAUGACUUCAGCCAUCACCAGGGUAGAAAUGCUCAACAAGAUCGUACCUCGUCUACCGCAACAUAUCGUCUCUUACAUGUUCCACAUCCACACAUCACUAGAGCUAUACCAACCAACGAAUGAGCUUGGAACGGCACUGGACCAACUCCUGGGCAUCUUCCCAGAUUCCCCAUUCCUGCUCACAUGCUCCGCCCUCUUGUCUUAUCAUACCAAAGAGCUUAAAGAUGCCUCGACACGAUUCAGCCACCUCCUUUCUCUUCAUCCCCAUCGCCUAGACAGUCUCGACAUCUACUCCAACAUUCUCUACGUGCUCAACGAAAGGCCAAAGCUGGCCUUUUUAGCUCACCUUUGCUCAAGCGUCGACAAGUUUCGGCCAGAAUCGUGCGUUGUCAUCGGUAACUACUACUCCCUGCUUUCACAACACGAGAAAGCUGUGCAAUACUUCCGUCGGGCCUUGGCGCUGGACAGGUCGUGCUUGUCCGCGUGGACUUUGAUGGGGCACGAAUACGUCGAGCUCAAGAACACGCACGCUGCCAUCGAAUCUUAUCGACGAGCAGUGGACAUCAACAGAAGGGACUACAGGGCCUGGUAUGGUCUUGGUCAAACGUACGAGAUGCUGGAGAUGUAUCAAUACGCGUUGUGGUACUACAAGAAGGCUGCAGGUCUACGGCCCUGGGACGGCAAGAUGUGGAUGGCCGUCGGCACCUGCCUGCAGAAGCUAGGCCGUGAGCGAGACGGCAUCAAGGCACUCAAGCGAGCCUUGCUGGCCGAUACUUACUACGAAUCCUCGGGCAGCAGCUUCGGCAGCGCAGCCACGGGGUUCGACCGCACAGCGCUAGGCCGACUGGACACAGAGGUGCUCGUCCAGAUCGCAUUCAUGUACGAAAGCCUGGACGAGGAGGAGGAGGCCAGGGCCUACAUGGAGCUGUGCAUCGUCCAGGAGGACGGCAACGUCGACAACCUGGGCGACGGCGCCGCCAAGCACAGCGACGUGCUGUCAGACGAAGGCGAGGACGGCGACGAGCGGGAGAAGCAGAACCAGGGCAUCGGCGUCACGAACGUGACCAGCAGGGCCAGGAUGUGGCUCGCCAGAUACGCAAUGCGGCACGCCGACUUCGACACGGCGAACCGCCUGGCCAACGAGCUCUGCCAGGACGGCCAGGACGUGGAGGAGGCCAAGGCCAUCAUGCGCGAGGCGCGGUCGAGGCUGGACCUUUCCUCUGGGGUGGCGGGGGGUUCUGAUGGCUAG